AGACAGCGGAAAGAACGCGGAAAGCGCAUGAAUAAACAACCCGGUCUCCCUUAUUGAGGGUACACUGCUCCGUGGUUGUAGUUUUACAGUUUUAUUUUCCAGCAUGGCUUGGACAAAAUAUCAGCUGUUCCUGGCUGGAAUGAUGCUCACAACUGGCUCCAUCAACACUUUAUCCGCCAAAUGGGCUGACUUGUUCUCAGCAAAUGGCUGCCAUGGUGACCCUGAACACACCUUCUCCCAUCCAUUUGUACAGGCAGUGGGAAUGUUUCUGGGCGAGUUCAGCUGUCUCGCAGUUUUCUACAUCUUGCUGUUCCAUGACAGACGCAGCCCAGAACCGAGAAUGAACCCCGGCCAGAAAUUCAACCCUCUACUCUUCUUCCCUCCUGCAAUGUGUGACAUGACAGCCACCUCCAUCAUGUAUGUUGCUCUCAACAUGACGAGCGCCUCCAGCUUCCAGAUGCUUCGCGGAGCCGUCAUCAUCUUCACAGGUCUUCUAUCUGUGGCUUUUUUGGGCCGUCGGCUUGCACCCAGUCAGUGGAUUGGCAUCUUCAUCACCAUCCUCGGCCUGGUGGUAGUGGGACUCGCCGACUUUGUCAGCGGCCACAGAGAUGACUCCCACAAACUCAGUGAUGUCAUCACCGGUGAUCUCCUGAUCAUCAUGGCUCAGAUCAUUGUUUCGGUGCAAAUGGUGCUGGAGGAAAAGUUUGUCUACAAGCAUGACGUGCAUCCUCUUCGAGCAGUUGGAACUGAAGGUUUAUUUGGUUUUGUUGUCCUGUCACUGCUGCUCAUCCCCAUGUACUUCAUCCACACCGGGAACUUCAGCGACAAUCCUCGGCAGGUCCUGGAGGACGCGCUGGAUGCUUUCUGUCAGAUUGGACAUAAGCCCCUCAUCCUCUUGGCUCUCCUGGGCAACACGGUCAGUAUCGCCUUCUUCAAUUUCGCCGGGAUCAGCGUCACCAAAGAGAUAAGCGCCACCACCCGAAUGGUCCUGGACAGCCUCCGUACGCUGGUCAUCUGGGUGGUGAGCCUGGCGCUGGGUUGGGAGCAGUUUCACGGCCUCCAGGUUCUGGGAUUUUUGGUCCUGCUGACAGGCACGGCGCUCUACAACGGACUGCACCGGCCCGUGUUGGCCAGGAUACCGUGGUGUGCCACCAGGAUGAACCUAGAGGAGGAUAGCAGUGAUGCGGAAAGAGAGAGACUGCUGAAUAAUGGAAGGGUGCAGGCCAGUGAAGACACAUAAAAUAUGCUGAAGCACAAACAGUACCACAGAAAUUGCAGCUUUUAUAAAUGCUGUCAGAGGUUUUUACACAUUUUCUGUUCUUACCUCAGGUUUUAACUGAUCUCAUAAAAUGCUGUAAAAGUGAUAGUUUAACAUUUUGGGGAAAAAUCACUUAUUUCCGUUCUUGCGGAGAACUAAAUAAGUCUACUGACAACAUUUUUAUACAGACGAAUAAAUUUGACUACAUUUAUUCAAUUUGGAAAAAAUCCCACAUUGUCCCAGUCACCACUGGCACAUCUGUCAGUACUCCUGCUAUCUAUAAUUUUUACAAUCCCCUUUUGAUCAUAGAAUAGCACUUGAGUAUCAUAUUGUCAUCUGGCAUAGCAUGCUAAGAGAUUCUUUGUAGCGUGUAUUUUUACAAUUAGAAGAAAGCUUAUCAGUUUGUGCCAUUAUUUGUUGCCCACACUUGAAAGUAAUGUCAGUCUUGUCUUUAAACCUUCUGCAAGGCAAAGAAUUUGUUCUUAUCCCAAAAUGUCCGACAAUUACAAGCUAGAAAUGAAAGAGAGCCUGAAAAGCUAUUAUACCGUGAAGCUGUUUUAAAGGGAGUGUUUCUGUGUAAGUGGGACUUUUUGUUUCUAAGGCAUUCUGAAAAAAACCAAAACAAAUAUUUUAUGUACUUGUUUUUGAUUAUUGGGCUUUUUUUUUUAUAUAUAUUUUUUCUGGAGCACUAGAGGCCUUUAUUUUUUCCAACGGUAGGUAGACAGGAAAGAGGGCAAAGAGUGGGGGAGACAUUCGGCAAAGGUCACCGGGUCCGGGAAUCGAACCCGGGACAGCCGCAUCAAGGACUAUAGCCUCUGCACAUGGUGGCACGCUGAAAAUUACCGAAAUCACUUCGUUUUCUGUACACUAUAUUUUUCCAGAAACGGACCACCUUGUAUCCAAUUGAUUUACAAAUUUUAAUUAUUUGGAGGCAAGAUCUAAGUCCGUAAUCAGUAAAUUUUGUUCAUUGUGCCAAGUUUUCUACUUGUAUGUGAGUACUCAAUAUGCCUUCUUUUAGAUAGCACUACAGUUAUUUUAGAAAAGUAUUUUCCCCAGUUGGGAGGUUUCCUUUAAUUAGUGAAGUGGAAAUGAUUGAAAACUCCGACAUGCUUUGUUUUUCAAAACUCCAGAAGUCCUCCUCUGUUAUUGGAAAUGAAGAAUGAAAAAGGGAACUUUUAAGAAUUUAUUCAAAUGUUAAAAUGUCUUUUUUUUUUCUAAGGCAUGUACAGAAAAUGGCAGAUUUUAUAGAAUAAAACACUUACACAAAAAUCCCAUUUGCAUUUCAAGUUGUCAUUUUAAAAUGACUGCAUUGUAAUUUCCUUUUAGCUGUAAAGUAUGGAUGUUGAUUAUUAAUAAAAAUGAAUCUCAAAACAGG